AUGAAUAUGGCGGUGGCAGAAACAUCGCAUCANCAAAAGCCGAACCUACGUUGGGAUGCUCUCACACCUACCAUCAUCACAACCACACUGGCAACGGCCGUAGUGAUAUUGAGACUGGUUGUACGAUGCAAAUUUGUCAAGGCUGUGGGCUUUGAUGAUUUUGUCAUCAUGGUGUCGCUUGUAAAACCAAGCUUACAAAUCUUCAGNUUCCUUUCCUGGGUCGUCCUUGGUCUUACCGUGGCCAUGGUUGUGACAGGGUUUGGCAGCUACGCCUGGACUAACCCUCUUGAUUUGCAUGCUGCGACAGCCAAACUCUUCCUCAGUUGGAACGUCCUCUAUGUCGUCCUGAUACAUGUCACCAAAGCUUCGAUCCUGACUCAAUACUUGCGCAUCUUCCCCACUCGUACAAUGCGACGAUUGACAUGGCUGCUCUUCGCCGCUCUGGUGCCUUCUGUACUCUGGGGUGUCUUUGCUUCCAUCUUCUUCUGUGAUCCAGUCAGGAAGGUCUGGCGACCGAUGGUACCUGGCAAGUGUCUGAGCACGAGGACGUAUUGGGUGAGUGUCACGGCUGUGAAUAUUGUGCUUGACUUUGCAGUGCUGGCAUUACCAAUGCCAGUCAUUUCACGCUUGAAACUACCUAAAAGGCAGAAGAUUGCGUUGGUAGGCGUAUUUCUGUUGGGUUUCUUCACCUGCGCAGUAUCGGUUGUCAGACUUGUGCUGGUGCACAACGCAUACGCUCGACACGACUUUACAGCAUCCUCAGCAGAAGCAGUAACAUGGUCAAUGGUCGAAGCCAACGUCGGCAUAAUAUGCGCUUCUCUUCUCGCCUUGAAGCCACUCAUUACCUACUUCUUCCCUCAAGCCACNAAAGAACGUCAGCCACCUCGGUGGAGCUUGACACUCAACACGGUGCCCACAGCCGAAGCUUCCGAGCCUGAUGCAGAAAAGGGCAGGGUCGAACAGGAAGAGCCAGCUGCUCCGAGAUGCAUGUCGAGCACAGAUAGGCUGGAGAAGAUAACGGAAGAGCUUGAAGACUCUGACGAGUUGACACUGGUUGGGACACGACAGAGUUACAUGAACUCGGACAUGAAGAGGGAGAGGACUGGAAGUUGA